AGCGUGCUUGCUUUUCGCAGGGUGUUUUAGUGGGUACUUCGGCAAUAGCUGCCGAACCCCUCGCCCGCAAAAAGUGCACUCUCGCUAAAAAGACCUAUUGCAGCGUUUGUACCUAGAGUGACGGCAGGUUUUGUUUAAUUUAAUUCAUUUUGGGCAAAGCGCACUCGUUACCGGAUUUUGACAGCCGCCGUCAGGACAGAUGUCUGUGGUGGACGUUGCUGAGGGCAAAGAUUAUUCUUUUCCCAAAGAGGAAGAGAAGAUCUUGCAGCUCUGGGAUCGCUUGGAUGCCUUUAAUGAACAACUGCGCCGGACUGAGGGCAAGCCGGAGUACAUUUUCUACGAUGGGCCUCCGUUUGCAACCGGGCUUCCGCACUACGGGCACAUCCUUGCUGGAACUUUAAAGGAUAUCGUGACCCGGUAUGCGUCGGCGACUGGUCACCAUGUGACACGUCGCUUCGGCUGGGACUGCCAUGGCCUGCCGGUCGAGUACGAGAUCGACAAGAAGCUUAACGUCAAGACCCGUGACGACGUGUUGAACAUGGGCAUCGGAACCUACAACGAGGAGUGCCGCAGCAUCGUCAUGAGGUACUCGAAGGAGUGGGAGAAGACCGUCAAGCGGCUGGGUCGGUGGAUCGACUUUGAGAACGACUACAAGACGCUGGACCCCUCCUUCAUGGAGAGCGUGUGGUGGGUCUUCUCGCAGCUGUACGAGAAGGGGCUGGUGUACCGGGGGUUCAAGGUGAUGCCCUUCUCCACCGCCUGCUCCACCCCGCUCUCCAACUUCGAGGCGGGCCUCAACUACAAGGACGUCAGCGACCCGGCGGUCAUGGUGUCCUUCCCCGUGCUGGGCGACCCCGACGGCGCCAGCCUGGUAGCCUGGACCACCACCCCCUGGACGCUGCCCUCCAACGUGGCGCUGUGCGUGCACCCGGAGCUGUCGUACGUCAAGGCUCGCGACAACGAGAAGGGCAAGGUGUACAUUGUGGCGGAGGCUCGGCUGCACGCACUGCCCGGGGCCGUGCCCAAGCCCAAGAAGGGGGCGAAGAAGGACGACAAGCCCGAGGGCGGGUUCGAGGUGCUGUCCCGGCUGCCGGGUCGGGAGCUGGUGGGCCUGCGCUACCAGCCGCUGUUCCCCUUCUUCGCCCCCCUGGCGGCCGCGGAGGGGGCGGCCAAGGGCGCCUUCAGGGUGGUGGCGGACACGUACGUCACGGACGACAGCGGCACGGGUGUCGUACACCAGGCUCCCGCCUUUGGCGAGGACGACUACCGCGUGUGCCUCCACAACGGGGUGUGCGAGAAGGGCGACUCGCUGCCCUGCCCCGUGGACCUGAACGGCAGGUUCACGGAGGAGGUGCCGACGUUCAAGGGAAUGCACGUCAAGGAGGCCGACAAGGACAUCAUCGCGUCCAUCAAGGAGGCGGGUCGGCUGGUGGACCACUCCUCCAUCACCCACUCGUACCCCUUCUGCUGGCGCUCCGACACGCCGCUCAUCUACCGCGCAGUGCCCUCCUGGUUCGUGGCGGUGGAGAGCAUCAAGGAGCGGCUGCUGCACAACAACACGCUGACCUACUGGGUGCCCGCCUACGUGAAGGAGAAGCGCUUCCACAACUGGCUGGAGAACGCGCACGACUGGGCGGUCAGCCGCAGCCGCUUCUGGGGCACCCCCAUCCCCAUCUGGGCCAGCGAGGACGGGGAGGAGAUAGUGUGUGUGGGCUCCAAGGAGCAGCUGGAGCAGCUGACGGGGGAGAAGGUGACCGACCUGCACCGCCACUUCAUCGACCACCUCACCAUCCCCUCCUCCCGCCCCGGCCACCCGCCCCUGCGCCGGGUGGAUGACGUGUUCGACUGCUGGUUCGAGUCGGGCUCCAUGCCGUACGGGCAGCUGCACUACCCCUUUGAGAACAAGCAGCUAUUCGAGGCCAACUUCCCAGCGGACUUUGUGGCGGAGGGUCUGGACCAGACCCGCGGCUGGUUCUACACGCUGAUGGUUCUGAGCACGGCGCUGUUCGACAAGCCCGCCUUCAAGCACCUGGUGUGCAACGGCCUGGUGCUGGCGGCGGACGGCAAGAAGAUGAGCAAGCGGCUCAAGAACUACCCGGAUCCCACCGAGGUACUGGACAAGUACGGAGCCGACGCGCUGCGACUGUACCUCAUCAACUCGCCCGUCGUGCGCGCAGAGACGCUGCGGUUCAAGGAGGAGGGUGUGUUUGCGGUGGUGAAGGACGUCUUCCUGCCCUGGUACAACGCCUACCGCUUCCUCAUCCAGAACAUCCUGCGUCUGGAGAUGGAGACGGGCGCCCGCUUCACGCCCACCCCGCCCGCCCAGCUGCGACCCACCAACGUGCUGGACCGCUGGAUCGGAGCCGCAUCGCGCUCGCUCAUCGCGUACGUGGCCACUGAGAUGGGCGCGUACCGGCUGUACACGGUGGUGCCGUACCUGGUCAAGUUCAUCGAGAGCCUCACCAACGUGUACGUGCGCUACAACCGCAAGCGGCUCAAGGGCUCCAAGGGUCGCGAGGACACCGCCACCGCCCUCUCCUGCCUCUUCAACGUGCUGCUGGAUGUGUGCAAGGUGAUGGCCCCCUUCACCCCCUUCCUCACCGAGUCCAUGUACCAGAACCUGCGUGCCGCGCUGCCCGCCGGCGAGGCGCCCGAGUCGGUGCACUGGUGCGACUUCCCGCCCGUGCAGCAGGCGCAGGAGGGCGACGAGCGCAUCCAGCUGUCCGUGGACCGCAUGCAGCGUGUCAUCGAGUUGGGUCGCACCAUCCGCGAGCGGCGCAACAAGCCGCUGAAGAGCCCCCUCACGCGGCUGGUGGUGGUGCACUCGGACACCGACUUCCUGCAGGACAUCCAGGGCGAGCUGCGGGAGUACGUGGAGAGCGAGCUCAACGUGCGCCGCGUGGAGGUGUGCGCCGACCCGCUGCAGUACGCCUCCCUGCGCGCGCAGCCCGACUGGCAGGCGCUGGGGAAGCGGCUGGGCAAGUCCAUGGGCGCGGUGGCGGGCGCCAUCAAGGACCUCACACCCGACCAGAUCCUGUCGUACGAGAGCAGCGGAUCCAUCAGCGUGGCGGGACAUACCCUGGAGGCGGGGGAGAUCAAGGUGCUCCGCGACUUCAAGGUGCCGGAGGGCGUGUCCCCGGAUGAUGUGGACGCCAACGGAGACGGCGAGGUGCUGGCGGUGCUGGACCUGCGGGUGGACGACAGCCUGGUGGCGGCGGGGCUGGCCAGGGAGAUGGUCAACAGGUUCCAGAAGCUGCGCAAGUCCGCCGGCCUGGUCCUCACGGACAAGGUGGACCUCUUCUUCAACCCCGCACCCGAGCAGCCCGCCACCGCCGCCGCCCUCGCAGCACUCGUGGCGGAUCACGGCGACUACCUGCGCGAGUCGCUCGGAGUCAAUGUGCUGCCAGCCGCCGUACGACCCGCCUCCGCCGUCGUCAUUGCGACGGAGCGGACGUCGAUCGGCGGCGCCGACGGCUCACUGGCCUUCACGGCCGUACUGGCGACGCCGGCGGCGACUGUGCCGCGGGGUCCGCUGCUGGCGGCGUGCGGCGGGAGUGAGGAGCUAGCGGAGGCGGUGGCGGUGGUGGUGGCCUCGCGCGAGCUGGGGAGGUUGCAGGCGGAGGUCGGGGAGGCGGGCGGGGCGCUGGUGGUGCGGGUGAAUGGUGCGAGUGUGACGUUGACGGCGGGCAAGGAGCUGUUCUUCUCGGCCUCGGCGGCGGCUGCGGCAUUGGCGGGGGUUGAGGUGACGGCGAAUGGCACUGCGUGAGGGCUGUGGG